CCCCCAUCUCGCGAUUAAGACCACCAUUGCUGCCUGCGAUUCUCACCCGUUAUCUUCAGCCCAGUUGACGCAGUCCCCGGUCGAGACCGCAACAUGUCCUGAUGGAGUGGACCUUGGAUAAUGUGAGUUGCACUCCCUGCUUGUGCAUGGCCUACCUGUACAACUUCAACCAUCAUGCCACGAUGCGAUUUCGUUCAAGGUACACAUCAACGACCGCAGGAGUCGAGGGCCGAUGUGUAUAAAACCCUCGUCCGUUCCUCUGAAUCUCUCCAUAGCACAAAAGUUCAAGCUCACAAGUUCUACUCUUCUUUCUCACUCCCCCUCUCCUUCUCUCCCUCUACCUCUCUGCCUCUCUCUUGCCCCACUCCUUUGUCAUAACCUCACUCCUUUCACCCCAUCUUCGUGACGACGUCCUUCAUCGUCCAACAGGGUCUGUCAAGAUGGCCAUCAGCCCGCGUCCUCACAUCAUCAUCAUCGGCAUGGGCCCGGCCGGACUCGCCGCCGCGGCGCGUCUCAAGGGCACCGGCAUUCAGUUCACCAUCAUCGACGGUGGCAAGGCCGUGCAGGACCGUGAUCGGUACCUGCCCGAAGACGCCACCCGUGGCCACGGCGGCGCCGGUCUCUUCUCCGACGGCAAGUUCUCCUUCUUCCCCUCCGCCUCUGAGCUUUGGUCCCUGCCGCGCGAGGGCGACCUGCGCGAGGCCUACGACUGGACCUGCGACGUCCUGAACCAGGCGGGCCUCGAGACGCCGCCCUUCCCCAGCAACCCGGACGCCUACUCGGUGGCCGGCAUGGUGGAGAGUGAGGAGUGGAAGCUCAAGGACUACCCCUCGGAUUACCUCUCUCUCGACGCGCGCCUACGGCUCGUCCACGACAUGGUCAGCGACAUCGACGGCUCCGUUAUGAACGAGUGCAACGUCCGAAACGCCACGUACCACGCGGCGUCGGACUCUUUCACCGUGGUCGUGGAGGACCGCGCGACGGGCCAGAUCACGCGCCUCAGCGCGAAUCGGCUCCUCAUCACGACAGGCCGCUUCGGCCCGCUCGAGGAGAGCCUGCGCCGCAUGACAAGACACCACCAGUUCCACCGGCUCGAGGUAGGGUUCCGAAUCCAGCAGCGCAGCGAGCGGGCCUUCUUCCGGGCCAUGCCGCAGCUCGACCCCAAGCUGCGGGUGCGCGAGAGCGACGGCAGCGUCGAGUGGCGCACUUUCUGCGUCUGCCGCCAGGGCGAGACGUGCCUGACGGAGACCAACGGGCUGUGGACGGUCUCGGGCCGGUCGGACUGCCCGCCGACGGGGCGCUCCAAUUCGGGCUUCAACACGCGGAUCCUGGACCAGGAGCUGGCGCGCAAGUCACUGGACCGUGUGCUCGCGGCCAUGGGCCGGCCCGAGGCGCACUUCCAGCUACCCGCGCAGGGCCUGCUGCGGGGCGACGCCGAGGUCGUCGCGGCACUGGACGAGAUCUACGGCCCGGAGCUGGUCGGCAAGAUGGCCGAGGGCCUCCGGCGGCUGUCGCAGACGUACAGCGACCUGGGGGACGAUGAGGAGGCGACGCUGAUCGGCCCGACGCUCGAGGGCAUCGGGUGGUACCCCAAGGUCGACGGCAACCUCAGCCUCCUCGACGCACCGGUUUGGGUAGCGGGCGACGCCUGCGGGCUGUUCCGCGGUAUCGUCGCCGCUAUGAUCAGCGGCCACUACGCGGCGGCCUCGGCCAUCGACGAGCUUGUGCAGGGCGCGCAGGUGCGGCUCAAGGCGCUUGCGGACCAGACGCCAAUUGAGAUGGCGACACCGUCUAGCAAGCGAUGCCUCAACAAGCAGCCGGCAGCGAUCGAGUGCGACGGACCGUGUUGCUCAUUGGCGGGUGUGUAGGGGGAGAACGGGUGUCGUCGAUGUGUAGGGUUGGAUCAAGCAGGGAGAAAACAAAACGGGGUUUCCUAUGCAAAAAGGGGGGGUUUCAAAGAGUGUCUAGUACCAAUAAC